GCGCGGCUCCACGAGGCGGGCCACGCGGUGCAGUUCGUGCUGCCCCAGUGCGGCGAGUCGGCCUGGUUCAACCUCGACUUUAGCUCCUACGUCAUGGCCGUGCUCCAGGGCGAGGCGGAGAAGGCGCGCGUCGUCCGGGCCACACCGGGCGGCGUCGAGGAGAUGCGCGCGUCGCAGUCGUCCUUCGUCGCCACGCUGCGCGAGCGCACGGGCCUGCCGACGUCGGCGCUGUGCCUCUGCGGCUUCUCCCAGGGCGCCAUGGUGGCGCUGGACGUCGCGCUGCACCUGGACGAGACGUGCGCGGGCGUCGUCGUGCUCUCGGGCUUCGUCAUGGCCGUGGAGCGCUGGGCCGAGCGCCUCGCGAGCCGCCACCGGGGCAUCCGCGUGCUCCAGCUCCACGGGCUCCAGGACAACACGAUCCCCUUCUACACGGCGAACUGGCUCUGCGACCUGCUGAAGACGAACGGCGCGCGCGUCAUGUUCAUCCCCCACAGCGGCGGCCACGAGUUCGGCCCGCCCCACGUCUUCUCGAGCCUCCUCUCGUUCCUGACGUCCCUCGUCCCCAGCGCGCCCAUGUCCUAG